UGGUGAGUCUUGCUCACCAAUACCUAGUACUUCUGGAACUGAUAACUAUUCACAUGCCAAUGCUGUACAUUCAUCUCCUAAAAUGUUAAAUAUUGUUGUUCAUAAUUCUGAUGGUGAAUCUUGCUCACCAAUAUCUAGUACUUCUGGAACUGAUAACUAUUCACAAGUGAUUUAUAGAACACCUUCAACACCUAAACGGAAGAAGGUAGAACUAUCUUCUGAAGUGACUUCUCCCAAAAUAUGUCCUAAAAAAAAACUUAUUUGGAAUAGUAGUCGAUUUGGUGAUUUGAGUUUAAGAGACUUUGAAACACCUAAUCGUGCUGCAAGAAAUUUUAAAGUUCUUAAAACAACUGUUUCACAACUGAGGAGAAAAAAUAAAAAUCUGAAACAAAAGUGUAAACGUUUAGAGAAAAAAGUCGAAACAUUAAAUGAUUUAUUGGAGAUUCUGAAGAAGAAGUCAUUAAUGACAGAUUUUGCUGCUGAUAAUUUAAAGGUACCCAUCAUUAUUCUAAUUUUAAUUGUUUACUUAUAAAUUGUUUACAUGUUCAUGGGAGAACUUAACCAGACUUUGUUAUUGUCAACACAUAGGUACCUAGUACCUACAUCAAAUAAAACAAUGAAAUGUCAUUAACAACAAAAUUUGAAAAUUAACAACGUAAUUUUUGUUAUAUUAUGUUUAUAUAUUAAU